AUGAUCCCCGCCACUAUUCUUGCACUUCUGAGCAUCGCUUCCGUCUCUCAGGCGGCAGCUGCUCCCAAGAUUCUCUCCUCUGACGACAUCAUCGUCCUCAAGACCGAUGGAACUUCUCAGGUCAUGAAGGCCGCCGACCUGGAGGCUCUUGAGACUGCCCCUGCUGUCAAGAACAUCGCUGGCUCCGCCAAGAAAGAUAUCCAGCGCCGCGACUGCGAGGACAGCACCGAGAUCCAGGUCCUUUCCGACAAGGAGUUUGUCAACUGGGACGUUGCCAUGUCCCCCGUCAUCAGCAGUCUCGGCGGCUCCAAGGCGACCGUCAGUGUGACCAACGGCUACACCAUCACCAACUCCCUCAGUGUCGGCGCGGGUUUCAGUAUUCCUUUGAUCAAGGAUAUCUUGACUGCUUCUUUGAGCAUCGACUACAGCGAGACAUGGUCUUCCAGCCAAACGCAGUCGCUCUCCUUCACGGUCCCAGAGGGUCACCACGGUAUCAUUGUCAGCCAGCCUUAUGUUCGCCGUAUUGAGGGCAACGUCAUCGAUGGAUGCAAGGGAGAUGCCAAGGAGGGCUUCGUGUCGGAUUCUUAUGAGAGCCAGGCUUAUGGAAACCUUCAGUGGGUCAAGGGUAUCAUUCGUCUUUGCAGCAGUGAGACGUACCCUAUUCCUUACUGCAACGGAGAGGGCGAGCACAAGUAG